GAGGAGCUGGCAGGGGGAAGGGGACAGCUAAUGUAUAACUUAGGUUAGGCAACCAUACAAAUAAAAGAGGAACCCAAACUGUCAGCUGGAAUCAGACACUGAGUGCAUGAAAGAGCUCGAGAUUCGCUUCCUGAGAAAGUAAAUUUAAGAAAGGCACACUGUUGAAACUGCACACAAACAUGAACCCAGGAGUGAGUUUGCUGUGCAUCCUUGUGUGCAUUAUCCUCGUCAGCUGUGAUCGGGUCUAUGUUCACCCCUUUAAUCUUUUUGCAUACAACGAGAGCUGCAAGGGACUAGAAGACAAGGACCGGCUACUGAAAACUUUUGUCCCCAUCCCAAUUGAGUCUCCCAUCACCCCAGCAUAUGAAGAGAGCAUCAGGAACAAGAGUGAGAAGGAAUCAAAAAUUUUAGGAGUGGACUAUUUAAAAGACUCAGCCUACGUGCUUGGGGCACGUAUUUACAGAGAGCUGGUGGAAAUGCACACAGGAGAAAAUAUUCUUCUGUCUCCCACAAGCAUAUACCAGUCCCUUCUCAUCUUCUAUUUGGGGGCUUCUGGACACACAGCAAGUGAAUUGCAGAGUUUGUUAGGAUUUGACUUGCCAUCUGUUAGCCAAAACUGCACCUCCAAAAUAGAUGGGCACAAAGUGCUUCCUGUCCUGAGGACCAUCAGCAAUCCCAGUGAGGUUGAUGAGUUGCUCUUCUCCAAGCUUUUCUGCCUUUUUUCAGCCCCAAAUGUCCAUUUAUCUGAAUCCUUUGUCCAUGAAUUGGCUUUUGCUGACAUUAAUUUCUAUAUACGAGCUGUAGAUUUUACAAACCCCACUCGGGCAGAAGAACAAAUUAAUGCUUUUGUCAAAAGCAAAAACACCCACACAAGCAAGACUCUGCUGAGGGGCAUUGAUCCAGCAACCAACUUGUUGUUUGCAGCCUCUACUCAGUUCAAAGCCAUUGUAAAGGGAGCCUCACUUCUGAAUGAGCCUCAAGAAUUCUGGACCGAUUCAGAAACAAAGAUCUCUGUGCCCAUGAUGAGAGUCACUGGAAACUUUGAGCAUAAAUUUGACAGCAACCUGAAUCUUUCAGUUCUCAAAAUUGCUGUCAGUAAGAGUGUAUUUCUGCUGUUAUUACAGCCUAUCAGCAACCUAACCAGUGCUGAGGAACAGUAUUCACUGCAGCCUUCUUAUCUGUGGCUGCAAAAAUUGUCAUUAAGACGAAUCAAUUUAACUUUGCCAAAGUUAUUCUUUGAAAGUGUUUAUAACCUUCAGGACUCCCUUAAUAAAAUGAACCUGUCUGAACUGCUGGGAAAGAGUGCCAACUUUAGUAUGAUGAGUGAUGUUAACCUGAAUGUUCAAAAGAUUAUACACCAGCAACUGUUUGAACUCCAUCCUGGUGAAGCAGAUCAAGCAGAAAACUCUACAGAACAAAAUGAGGUCAUUGAGACGCUCAGCAUAACACUGAACAAGCCUUUCCUGCUGGCAGUGCAUGAAAAAGAGUCAAGCACUUUGCUGUAUUUUGGUAGAGUGAUAAACCCAUUGCAAGGAGCAUAAAUCUCACAUUAAUAUGAUUUCCCUGACUUUCUUCAGUAUUUUCCCUUACUUUGUAACUAUUUUGGUUGCUAUGUUAACUUGUUGCUUGAAAUUUUGGAAUAAAGCUGAUGUGCCUUUCAAA